AUGUCAGUCACAUAUGUAAGUCAGCUGACUGUAGUCAUCACAUCAGUAUGUCAGUCAACUGUAGUCAUCACAUAUGUAAGUCAGCUGACUGUAGUCAUCACAUCAGUAUGUCAGUCAACUGUAGUCAUCACAUAUGUAAGUCAGCUGACUGCAGUCAUCACAUCAGUAUGUCAGUCAACUGUAGUCAUCACAUAUGUAAGUCAGCUGACUGUAUUCAUCACAUCAGUAUGUCAGUCAACUGUAGUCAUCACAUAUGUAAGUCAGCUGACUGUAGUCAUCACAUCAGUAUGUCAGUCAACUGUAGUCACCACAUAUGUAAGUCAGCUGGCUGUAGUCAUCAAAUCAGUAAGUCAGUCAACUGUAGUCAUCACUUCAGUAUGUCAGUCAACUGUAGUCAUCACAUCAGUAAGUCAGCUGACUGUAGUCAUCACUUCAGUAUGUCAGUCAACUGUAGUCAUCACUUCAGUAUGUCAGUCAACUGUAGUCAUCACUUCAGUAUGUCAGUCAACUGUAGUCAUCACAUCAGUGAGUCAGCUGACGGUAAGUCAUCACAUCAGUAAGUCAGCUGACGUAUGUCAGUCAACUGUAGUCAUCACAUCAGUAAGUCAGCGAGCUGUAGUCAUCACAUCAGUAAGUCAGUCAACUGUAGUCAUCACAUCAGUAAGUCAGUCAACUGUAGUCAUCACAUCAGUAAGUCAGCCAGCUGUAGUCACUACAUCAGUAAGGCAGCCAGCCUUAGUCAUCACAUUCAGUAUGUCAGUCAACUGUAGUCAUCACAUCAGUAUGUCAGCCAGCUGUAGUCAUCACAUCAUAAGUCAGUCAGCUGUAGUCAUCACAUCAGUAAGUCAGUCAGCUGUAGUCAUCACAUCAGUAUGUCAGUCAACUGUAGUCAUCACAUCAGUAAGUCAGUCAACUGUAGUCAUCACAUCAGUAAGUCAGUCAACUGUAGUCAUCACAUCAGUAAGUCACUCAACUGUAGUCAUCACAUCAGUAUGUCAGUCAACUGUAGUCAUCACAUCAGUAAGUCAGUCGACUGUAGUCAUCACAUCAGUAAGUCAGCCAGCUGUAGUCAUCACAUCAGUAAGUCAGCCAGCUGUAGUCAUCACAUCAGUCAGUCAGCCAGCUGUAGUCAUCACAUCAGUUAGUCAGCCAGCUGUAGUCAUCACAUCAGCUUUUGUGCCUCAAUAG